AUUAAUAAAUUGUUAUGAUAAUAAUAUAAAUAAUACCUCCUCAGUAUUUCAAAUAAUUAGCAAAAUUAUUAAUCCAAUGAAAGUUUUUGUAAAACCAAGAGUUUUUACCACUUCUUCAAAUGAAUUAACUAAAAAUUCAGAAGAUAAAGAAAUAAGACCAAUUUUUCAUCAUCUUUGA